AUGUAUUCCACGAUCAUCUCCAUCGCUCUCCUUGCUACGUCUUGCACGGUCGCCGCUGCAAAGCCGACCGUCUACCUCAUCCGACACGGCGAGAAGCCUGCUGAUGGAGGCACCGGACUUAGCGCCCAGGGCGAGGAUCGCGCACAGUGCAUCCGGCAGGUUUUUGGUGCGUUAUCGGGAUACAACAUCGGGUAUAUCAUGGCGAUGACGCCCAAGUCGAAUGGCAAGCGGAACCGCCCAUAUCAGACAGUCCUCCCUCUGGCGCAAGACCUGGGCCUUGAAGUGGACAUCUCCUGCGAUCGCGAUGACGCGGAGUGUGUCAAGGAUGCAGUAGAUGACUAUGACGGCGAGGGGAACGUACUUAUCUGCUGGGAGCACGAUGCGUUGACGGACAUUAUUGAAGAGCUGGGCGAUGACAAUGCCCCUGAGUACCCUGAUGACCGGUACGAUCUGACCUGGACCGAUCCCUCCCCGUACGACCAGAUCACCGCAGAGACAAGCGAGCAGUGUCCAGGCCUGGACAAUUAG